AUGGAGGGGUCCAGUGACAAGUUGUUCUGCUGCAGAUGGGUGCGACACAGGAUUCCACUGGCCCACAGAGAGGAACUGUACCACAUCUUGAGGAUGACAGGACCCCUGCUGCUCUCUCGAAUCCUCCAUUACCUGCUUCCAUUUGUGGUUACAGUGUUCUGUGGGCGUCUGGGAAAUGAAGUAAUGGCUGGCUAUGGAUUAGCUUCUGCUACCAUCAAUAUAACCACUGCAGCAACAGGAUAUGGUCUGGCGCGGGCAUGUGAUACUUUGGUGUCUCAGACAUUUGGGGGUAAUAACCUAUUUAAGGUGGGAGUGAUCCUUCAGCGAGGCAUCAUCACCCUGCUGUUGUGUUGUUUGCCCUGCUGGGCCCUGCUCAUUAAUACCCAGGCCAUCCUGUUGUGUCUGGGUCAGGAUCCUGAAGUGGCCAGAGUAGCUCAGCUGUACAUCAAAGCCUUCCUUCCAGCAGUACCAGCAAUGUUUCUACAUAAUCUGCAGGUGUCUUAUCUGCAGAACCAGGGUAUAACACUACCACAAAUGUACACUUCUGCCUUAGCAAACAUUGCAAAUGUGGCAACAAACUAUGUACUUGUUCAUUGGCUGGAUCUAGGAAUUAGUGGAUCUGCAGCAGCCAAUACCCUGAGUCAGAUCUACCUCUGUGCUUUUCUAUUUGCUUACAUUUGGUGGAAGAAACUCCAUGUCUCAACAUGGGGAGGCUGGUCUGUAGAAUCACUGCAGGAGUGGGGCCCCUACAUGAAACUGGCACUUCCCAGUACACUAAUGACAUAUUUUGAGUGGUGGAUUUAUGAGUUUGGGGGUUUUUUCGCAGGAAUGUUGGGUGAAGAUGAGCUGGCAGCCCAACAUGUAGUGAUCAUGGUGUCAUUCUUAACCUACAUGUUCCCACUUGGUAUUCAAGCUGCAGCAUGUGCCCGAGUGGGUAAUGCUCUCGGUGCAGGAGACACUGCCAGGGCGAUCCUCACAAGCAAACUAUCCCUCUCUCUCGCAGGUACCUUGGCUGUCAUUGAAGCUAUCAUACUUAUGUCUACCAAGACAGUGAUUGGCUACAUAUUCACCUCUGAUGAGAAGAUAAUAGGCCUGGUCUCUAACUUGAUGAACGCUUACUGUUUCCUUCAGCUCUUUGAUGGUCAGGUGUGUGUGUGCACAGGCAUCUUCUUGGGCACAGGCAAACAGAAGAUACCAGCUGUGGCUAAUCUCAUUGGAUACUAUGGCAUAGGACUUACACUCAGUGUUACACUAAUGUUUGUUGCAAAACUGGGAGUUUUAGGUUUUUGGCUAGGACUGCUUAUUUGUGUCAUUAUACAGUCCACGUUCUUCAUUAUUGUCAUCUUCAAGCUGAACUGGAAGAUAAUGACAGAAGAGGCUGUGCAACGGGCUCAGAAAAAGACACAUGUGACAUUAUUAAACACAGCUGCCCUCUCAGAUGAUGCGGGUACCAGCACUGCUGGCCAUUCAGCAACUAAUGGGAAUUCAGUGGAUGGCUACAUGUCUGUGAGUACGGACCAGAAAAAUGAGGACACAGAGACACAGCAUGGACAUGUGGUCCAGCAGGUGAAGACUGAUCGUCUCUCCACUGCCCAGCUGAUCCUCAGACGAGGUCUCACUAUGUUUGCGGCUGUUCUUCUUCUGGUUGUGGGAGCAUGUGUGCACUUCCUUGUGCCCUUGCCAGAAACUCUGUCUUUACAGGCCAACUUUACAAUGGACUGGAUCAAUACUACAUAUCCUCCUGAUGAAAUUCUCUCUACUGUGCUGGACUCCUGA